AUGAAUCGAGGGGAGGAGUUUUACGAACACGACAGCGAUUAUGCUAUUAGUAGCGAACAUGAAGAAGGCUCAAGAGAUGAUGGUGGCUAUUCUUAUCAAGAAGAAGAAGAAGAAGAAGACGACGACGACGACGACGAUGAAGAAGAAGACGAUGAAUAUUCUAACUUCUAUGAUGAGUAUGAGGAAGACGGAGGGGAACAUUUGAAUGGUGCUGAAGAUAAUGAGGAAGAGGAGGACAUCGAUGAGGUUAUUUCUCCAGGUCGUGCAGCUGCAGACGGUAAUGCCGAUAGAUGGGUGUCAUCUCUGCAGGAAUUAUUGGGAACAUUGGCUCAAGGGAUGGAAGGUAGACGGACAACAGAGGAGGGACAUGGACAGCAGAGAAUUAAUUUGACAGACGUUUUCCCUGAGUAUCGGCAAAUGUUUGGAAUUAUGGGGGGUGUCAACCGCAAUGAUGGUGGACGGAUGCAAAAGCUAGUUAGUAAUGUUUUGAAUGCUACCGAAGAGCCCUUUGUGGCGAUGGAAUCGUUACGUGAAAUAAAUGAACAACUUUUAAUGUUAAAUCCGUUGACUGCGGAAAGAACUGUACCUCAAAUGGAUCUUUUAAAAGGAAUAGUCAAUGCAUUGGACAAUCCAGCACUAUUUGAAGAACUUGAACUACAACUUAUUGCAUGCAGAUGCCUGUACAAUCUAUUUGAAGUAAAUCCGGAUGUGGUUUCUGCUGCUGUUGAUCGAAAUGUUAUCUCAAUACUACAGAAAAAACUUGAAGAGAUUAGUUAUAUCGACUUAGCUGAACAAGUUUUAGAAACAUUGGAGUAUAUUUCUAGACUCUCUGGUAAGGAGAUAUUGAACUCAGGUUGUUUGGUUCAAUGCUUACAAUAUGUGGAUUUCUUCACUGUUCAUGCGCAACGGAAAGCUGUUACUAUCGUUGCAAAUUCAUGUGCGCGUGUUAAAUCAAGUGACUAUGAUCAGAUUGUAAGGUUCUUUCCUCUAUUGAAGGGCUUAUUUAUAAAUAGUAAUGAUCAAGGUAUAUUGACUAAAGUGUUAAAUGCAUUAUAUGCAAUAUGCGGUGCUAUGAGCUCAGGAUCAAAGCACAGCAUUGAGACCCUGGUGGAUCUGGAAAUUAUUAAAAGAAUUGUAGACGUGGUGUCUUCAUCAGAUAUUGAAUUGGAUGGUAAACUUAAAUCAUUGGAUAUAUUGUCUCUACUUGUCUCCACUAGUAGUACUAUAUGCACGAAUAUCAUUGAGUCAUGCGAUAUUUCAAGCAUGGUAGUUCGUUGUUUGAACAAAUACAAAAAAAGUGUUACUUCCUCUCUACAUGAAAUGUUAAUGUUUGUUCCUAAACCGCUUCUAAUAAGCAUUACACGUUUUGUUGCAUUGUUGUUACCAACCGAAGAAGAGCAAGUUUUAUCGGUUGAUCCACCGAAAUAUUUGGAUAUAGACCCAAAAAGUGAAAAGUUCCUUGACCUUGUUAAAAAAAUUAUCCCUUUCUUUGCAGAGAUAUAUUUGAAUACUGUUGAUUUCGAUAUUCGAAGAUAUAUUCUCAUAUCAUUGGCUCGAAUUGCAUCAUUUAUGAAUUCUGAUUCAUCAUAUAUUGAUAAACAAUUAAUAGGCCUACUAUCUCCAAGUAUUGCACAGAACAAGUCAUCUUAUGAAGCCAAGGAAGGUGACAAAAUUGUUUCUGGUGGGUUAUUAAUCGGAUUACUCUCCUUAUCAUCUACCAUGAUCGCCAAAUGUGCUUCUAAUAUUCUACCAGAUUUGAAAAGGGAAGGUAUCUUUGAAAUGUUAAAGUCGCUAUCUGCUUAUUGGAACCAAGAAUCUGACAGGAAUGUAGCACACAAUAAUAGUAGCUCUCAAGUCGCCUAUUCGGCCAACAACGAUGAUGAUGAUGAUAUGCAUACUAGCACCGGACUUCCUUCAAGUCCUGUUGAAGUUGAAGUAGAGGAAGCAGAGGAUGAUGAUGUGGAGGAUGAUGAUUAUGAUAUGGAAAUUGGUCCCAAUGUAGAUAUAUCACAUCAUGUGAAGCCAAAAAAGAUAAACUUCACCGUAUUUAGAAAUUUGAAUGCUUCCUAUGUUGAUAAAAAAUUGAAGCAGCUUUGCUAUUCAUUGGUGGAGAGUUUUUCCUGCAGUGAAGAAUCUGUAAUGAUCAAAGAAUUGAAAGAGAUUGAAGAACUGGUGUCAUAUUUGCGCAUGGUAGAUAACAAUGUUGAAGAUUCGGAAUAUUGGCAACGUACAUGGAUUGCUGUGAAAAAUACCAUCUUUAGAGAAGAUUUCACCAUAUCUGGAUUUGAAUUUAUUUCUACAGGUUUAUCCGAAAGUAUAUCAAAAAUUAUUAAGUCUCAUCCAUCUAAGAACUCCACUUGCCAAAUUAUGUUUAUUAGAGUAUUUUCGGACAAAUUGGAAUUAUUGGUUAAAACAUUGCAAUCCGCAUUAACGAAAUUGGAGUCAUUUGAAAUCAUAGAUUGUGGAUCUUCAGAAAACCGUGCCGCAUCAUUGGGGAAACAGAUGAAAAUUCGCCUUGAAUAUAUUGGUGAUAUUAAGAAAGACGAUAUCCCCUCAGCACUUUCAACAUUAAUGGUUAGUAUUCAUUGCAUAUCAUCAUUUAAAUCCUUAUGUGAAUUCUUGAAGCAUAGAGUUGCCCAAUCAAGAUUCUUAAGCUCCCUACUACCCAUGUCUCAUCAGAAUGCAGACGUUAACUCGGAUGAUGUGAAAACGCUACUAUUUGAGUUCCAAGUGAACGGGGAAAUAGUUAAAUCAUCAGAAACAAUUUUCGGGAGUAUUUUCAAAAAUAUGUCAAGUUUUAACAGGGACCCAAGAAAAGCAUGGAAUGAGGUCCAGACUAUAAAAUACAGAAGAGUUUAUGAAGAUGAAGAAGAACCUAACAUUGGGCGCUUAUAUCCAGAAAACAAUUUUUCUCGUGAAGAACUAAAGCCUAUUGAUGGUAUCCUUGAUCUCUUGGCAUGCUGUCAUAAUGGCGCUGUGAAUCCCGCGCACUUUAUAAACCCUAAGCUUACUAUGAAACUUUCAAGACAGUUGGAAGAACCUCUUAUUGUAGCUAGUGGAGCACUUCCCAGUUGGACCUUAAAUGUUACUAGAUAUUAUUCUUUCUUAUUCCCAUUGGAUGUUAGAAUUUUGUUCUUGCAGAAUACCUCAUUUGGAUACGGUAGGUUGAUACAACUAUGGAAAGAAAGGAUAGAAAAUGAAAAGAACUCCGUUGUUGAUGAACAGUUGCAAAGGUUGGGCCGGCCUACUAGGCACAAGUUACGUAUAGCGAGGGAAACGAUAUUCUUAAGUGCGUUGAAAAUAUUAACCAAAUAUGGCUCAAGCCCAAAUAUUUUAGAGAUUGAAUACCAAGACGAAGUUGGUACAGGUAUGGGUCCUACGCUAGAAUUCUAUUCUUCGGUUUCUAAAGAGUUUGCAAGAAAGUCAUUGCAUAUGUGGCACAUUGGCUCCGACAAUGAGGGUGAAUAUAUCUCUGGACUGUUGUAUCCAGGGCCAAUUUCGCCAUCUCAAGAUAGGGCAAAGGUUCUAGAACUAUUUACACACUUGGGUACUUUUGUAGCCCGUUCUAUGCUCGAUAACCGGAUAGUUGAUUUCCGUUUCAAUAGAGUUUUCUUCGAGCUAAUGCAUUCGAAGAUUAAGAAUGAACCAUUAGAUUUUAAUUCUACAGAAAAAAUGUUCAAGUUGUUAGGAGCUAUUGAUCCUCAAUUGGAGAGUUCACUAAGGUAUAUUCAUACACAUCGGGACUCAGAAACGCUUGAAGCGCUUUCGUUAAACUUUACAGUACCUGGAUAUGAUAUUGAUUUGAUAGAGGGUGGUUCCAGUACUGCCAUUACAACUUCCAAUGUGGACUUAUACAGUUCGAAACUAUUUGAUGCAUUCCUAGGUUCUGGCGUUGAAAGCCAAUUAUCGAACUUCAUCGAUGGGUUUUCAAAAGCAUUCCCAUACUCUUCGUUAUUGGUCUUCGCUCCAAGUGAGCUGAGCGAUUUAUUCGGUAGCGUAGAAGAAGACUGGUCCACGGAAACUCUCUUCUCAUUCAUAAUGGCCGAUCAUGGUUAUACCAUGGACUCUCCUACUUUGCAUGAUUUAAUUGUAGUAAUGUCGUCAUUCAGCCUUGAGGAGAGAAGGAACUUCCUACAAUUUUUAACAGGUUCUCCUAAACUUCCGAUGGGAGGUUUUAAAAACUUAAAGCCUCAUCUUACUGUGGUUCUUAAGCAACCAGAAGGUGAUUUAACAUCAGAUCAAUACCUUCCAAGUGUUAUGACCUGCGCAAACUACUUAAAGCUUCCGAAGUAUAGUAACAGAGAAAUUCUACGAGCAAGGAUUAUUCAGGCAAUCAAUGAGGGCUCGGGCGCGUUUCUUCUUUCUUAG